CUGGUGACCAUUCUCGUCACUCCUCUCGAAUGCGACGAAGGGUUCGGCGAGCAAAUUAACCCUGAGUUAAUCAGCCCACUGAGUUUCUCGCCGAAUCUUCUCAGUGGGUCGUGUUUCCGAUCUGGUGGUAGAUACUGCGAAGCACUGUUCUUAAUAGGGCUAGUGUUAGCAAAUUCACCAGGCUUAGCCCCGUGAACUCGCCUACUCGCUUCGUGAAGCUGGUAUAAUCCCAUGAGAUCACCAACAUAGGUAGACAAAAAAAUGACACCCUUAAAUAAAUCUAGACCAUGAUUAGCGCACAUCCACUUUAUAAAAUAAUAAAUAAUUUACGCGAUUUCUGAUUUGGCAACCCCGUUGACUCUGUCGCUCCUUUUCGUAGGAAAUUUGCAUCGUUAUCCUCUCAAGAUAUGGCUGGAAAUACUACAGAAGAAGUAGAGGGGUCUACUACCACUGAAACGAAGACCAACAGUAACGCGGAGGUGCCCCCUGAAUUUUUGAUCAAGCACCCGUUACAAAACCAGUGGAGUCUCUGGUUUUACGACAAUGACCGAAACAAAACAUGGGAGGAGAAUCUUAUUGAGUUGACUACAUUCGACACAGUUGAAGACUUUUGGAGAUUGUACCAUCAUAUUAAGCUACCGUCAGAACUUCGCCAAGGUCAUGACUAUGCAGUAUUCAAGCAAGGCAUUCGUCCUAUGUGGGAAGACGAUGCUAACAAGAUGGGAGGAAGAUGGCUUAUCAGUCUUGAGAAAAAACAACGCUUUACUGAUUUAGAUAGGUUCUGGUUAGAUGUGGUUCUUCUUUUAAUUGGUGAAAAUUUCGAGAAUUCAGAUGAGAUUUGUGGUGCUGUUGUUAAUGUCAGACCAAAAGUAGAUAAAAUUGCUAUUUGGACAGCUGAUGCAAUGAAGCAGCAUGCGACUAUUGAAAUUGGGAAAAAACUGAAAGAACAGCUAGGGAUACACGGCAAGAUUGGUUUCCAAGUACACAGAGACACAAUGGUUAAGCAUAGUUCUGCGACCAAGAAUCUAUACACUGUUUAGUUUUGGCAUUACAUAUCUUGUUUGUAUCUGCAGAUUUAUGGGACGGACUGUAUUUAAUUGAAGUAGUUUAACUUAAUGGAAUAAAAUAUAUUCAGUACAUCCCAUAAACUGAAUUUACGUAACUACAAUAAUAGUAUAAAAUUAUAUUUAACAGAAGUAGUAUUUGUUUAGUUUUUAUAGUCGUAUUUAUCUUACAUUGUGACAUGAUAUAGUCCUCGUGAGCUGUAGAAUGUUAAAAGUCUGAUUUUGUACUAAACUCAAGCUCGAGUGUCGGUAUGUAAGGUCACAUAGUUGUAAGUGGUUAAGUACGCUACCCGCGAUGUUGGAAGAUUAUGAAAUUAUCGUGAGGAAACUGGUAUAAUAUGUUUAACACUCAUGUUGAUGUUUGCACGCUUUUG